AUUAAUAUGUUGGAUCUUAUCAAAGCUUGUGAAGCUGAAAGUGAACUCGACUUUCUUCAGGAGUCGUUUGUUCUGACUGAUGAGCAGAAGGAAGCUGUUCUUCAACAGCGCAUUAUAUUUUGGACGAACGCGAUGGCCGAAGAUAUUGAACGAGAGAAUCCGAUUGGAGUUGACCCUGAUAUGAUGGCAAACUGGACCGAGGAUCAACGUCGCCUGUUCAACGAAGACUGGGCCAAUGAUGAUGGUUUAUGCGAACUCGAACAGAUAUCUGAACCGCCAGAAAACCAAAUAGGUGAAGGGAGCAAGCGAAGGCACGCCAGUGAUCACGCCCCCUCAAAACGCCAAAGACCAGAGGAGUAUUUCACUAUUAAAUCAGCCAAGCAAGUCAACGUGAGGAAAUUCAGGACGACAG